CAACCUAUUUUACCAUUCUCUCUUCAAAAUCUCCUGAAUACUCAACUAAUAGUAGUGGCUGUGCUGGCAUUGAGUCAUCUACCGUCCACCUCGAACGAUCGCACCGAAAGAGUUACUCUACGCAGAGCGGGGAGGAUCGAAGAUUACGCGUGAUCUCAUCAUAAUUCCAUAACUCUGGCAGAAAGGAGAAGAGGAUCUAGGAGUUCGGCAUUGAACUCGAAAUAUACGUGCAGCGUGCACACAGGUUAUAGAUCUAUAGAUCUUAUAGGACUAUAGAAGAAUAUAAUACAGGUCUUCGAAGACCUGAGGACAUAGAGGAUACCGCAUCAAAUCUACGCAUCUACGCAGAGUGGUACACAACCGAAACAACCACGGAACCUAUACGAGCGAACUCCGCAACAAAAUGUCAUUAUCAGAAAAGAGCACAUCAAGCUCACCCACCCGUCAACCUUACUCGGACAACACCCCUCUUCCUGUCACACCAGUCCCUUACAACUCGGAGGAGACGCAUUCCGUCACUCUCUCCGAUGCAGAAAGAACGAUUCGCAGUUCUAGCGUGGAUGCGGAAAGAGCGGGGACUGAGACUUUGGGAGAAGCCGUCGGAGGAGGAGGAGAAGAGAAGAAGAUGGACAUGGACCCGAAUGAAUGCAGGUUUGAAGGGGAGGAUGAUCCGGAUGAUCCACUGAAUAUACCGUUUUGGAAGAAGUGGGUUGCGGUCAUCACCGUGGGGACGGGGGCGAUCUGUGUUACAUGUACAUCCUCGAUGGCCUCCUCGACGUACGCCGGUAUAGAACGGGAAUUCGGGAUAAGUCAAGAAGUAGCCAUCCUCUCCGUCAGCCUGUUCGUGCUCGGUCUAGGAUCAGGACCACUCUUGCUAGGACCCGUCAGCGAGUUCGUAGGGAGGAGAAAGGUCUAUCUGGCUAGUUAUCUGGUGUUUUUGUUGUUCAAUAUACCGGUUGCUUUGGCGAAUAAUAUCGCGGUCCACCUGAUCUUCAGGUUCAUAACCGGAUUCGCCGGCUCAGCCUUCCUCUCCAUCUCCGGCGGUACCGUCAGCGACAUGUUCAUCAACUCCGAAGUCGGCCCCCCGAUGGCGUUCAUCGCCUUUUGUCCUUUCAGCGGACCUGUCUUGGGGCCGUUGAUAGCGGGGUUUAUCAACCAGAACACGUAUUGGAGGUGGACUUACUACUUGGUGCUCAUCUGGGCGGGGGUGGAGUUGCUGUUAGUUUGGUUCUUCGUACCGGAGAGUUAUCUGCCGCAGGUAUUGAGGCUUAAAGCUAAGAGGGAGCGAAAAGCGCAAAACAACCCGGAGAUCUACGCACCGAUCGAGAAGAGCAACAAGAGUUUCUUACAAGCCGUCGCUAUCAGCUGCAAGACUCCCUUCAAGAUCAUGGCGACUGAGAUGAUGGCUCUCCUCCUUAGCUUAUGGACCGCCUUACUGCUGGGCAUCUUGUACCUGUUCUUCAACGCUAUCCCGUUGGUCUUCAGGGGGAACCACGGAUUCUCGUUACAGCAAAGCGGGUUGGCUUUCCUCGGCAUCGGAUUAGGACAGGUUAUCGCUGCGGCCUCGACACCGUUCUGGAGCCGGGUCUACCAAAAGGAAUCCGCUAAAAACGGUGGAAAAGCCCCUCCGGAAGCCCGACUGUUGAUGGGCAUGGCUGGGGCGCUGGUCACCCCGAUAGGCAUGUUCAUCUUUACGUUUACCACGUACAAGUCGGUACCCUGGAUCAUACCCAUCUUGGGAACGGUGUUUUUCGGGAUGGGGAUCGUAUGGGUGUUUACGAGCGUUUUUACGUAUCUUGUCGACGCAUAUCGACCGGUCUCAGCGAGCGCCAUGGCUUGCAACUCUGCCCUCCGAUCUUCGUUCGCCGCAGGAUUCCCGCUGUUCUCCAACCAGAUGUAUCACCGACUAGGGACGGUCGGCGCAUCAGGGUUGUUGGCUGGGUUGACGGUGUUGAUGGUACCGCUGCCGUUCGUGUUUUACCGGAUCGGGGCUAGGGUAAGGAGUAAGAGCAAGUUCGGGAGCGCCUAAGAAGGGGUUACAGGAAGGGACAUUCUUCUGUUCUUGAGCGAGGGAUGUAUAGCAGCAUAUAGGGUAGUCACGUAAUCAUUGCAUAGAAUAGCACUUGUAGAUCGAUACAACAGGUAACGGGACAUGAAUAUGACCGUUGAGCUAGGUCGUUAUAGUUGUGGUUGUCACCGCCAGACUAGCAUCAUCACAGUCCACGCUCAAAGUCGCUCACG